ACAAACUUUACGCAACCGCAGCCAUAAUCUAACAUAACCUUCUUCUCAUUCACGAGAUCUCUUCACACGUGAUUACCUUUAAAUUCACGCACAAUGAGGUAUUGAAAUUAUUACUGAAAUUCAUGUGGACAUGAAUUCCCAACAAAUGAUUCAGCUUCCUCAAAGAUUCAGAACAGCUUACAGGCUGGUUCUGUCUAGAUUUGAUAAUGUCAGUAAUAAAAUUAAAAACUACGAGAUACCUGAGAAAUUUAAAGGCACUUUUCUACAACGAUGGGCAAACUACUGGCGUAAUCUGUAUGUAGAUUAUAAGGAUGUUGCAAUUGAUGUAGCCAAAGAUUGUAAAGAACGUCCUGUACGCGCUGCGAUAUAUAGUACACUUUUAGGAGGUUGCUUUUAUUUUAGCAAACACAAUCCAGAUGAAAUCAUGUUCAGGGAUAAAUUAAUAGAAAGUAGCGGAAAACUGAUUCAAGUAGGAGAACCUAUACGCAAUCCUGUUUCUGUGCAGCACAUACGGUGGUUAGAACAAUGCUACAACGAAGGAAUUACUAGGAGAUUAAAUUUAGGUCUAUUUUCUCUGAUGUGGAUAAAUAACUAUGACAAAGACUGUUUCUUGUACAAAGCUGUUUGUCCUUACUUGAAACCAAAAUAUCUGACUUUUCACGAAAGAAUAAUAGACAUAGGAGUUUUAGACAAGUGGUGGAUAUUAGAAACGAAAAUGAAUGACUACGAUGUAAAUGAAUCCGAAUUUAAUGAUGUAAAAGUUGCAAGUAAUGUGGAUACUGUUUCACCAUCAUGAUAGAUUUUAUGUAGAUUUUUUGUAUUUAUUUAAAAAAAGACAAUUAAAAUAUAACUUAUGUGAAUGUUUCUGAGAGAAAAAUUUAAAUGUGUGUAUAUAUCAAGCAAAUUA